AUGCCUGAUGAUACGAAAAGCAAUAUAGAAGGGGUGAUGUUUCAGAAAAGAAAGGAGUUGGAGCGUUGGAUGUCUGAGAAGGCAAAGUCCAAGGGGCCCACCACCGUGAAAGCAGAUAUAGAUACUAUAUUAGAAGAUUUUCAGGACAAAUACAAUUUUAGACAUUUGUCUCUCUCUCUUAUUGAAGCAUCUAGACAAGCUGGCAUUAGUUACAUUGUUUAUCCCAAGAGAAAGAGGAUGACUCAGAAGAAACAAUUGAGUCUUGAGAAAUAUGCUUCCAUAUAUGAAGAAUUAUCCAAGCCACCAAGAAUUCUUAAAAGAUCAUUGUCUCAUGGAAUACUUUAUGAACAGAAGAAAUAUCUGCUCCGAAUUCCUCUGUAUGAGCGUCACAUUCAUUGUCCCAGCCUACCUUCACUUUUAGAUUUUGAAGACUUUGUUCGAAGUAGGGGAGGAAUCCCCCGAAAUACUGAUGUUCGUACAUGGGUUAUUAAUAUGUGGCUUAAGUUUAAACCUGAAGAGAAACGUAAACCUGUAGAAAAGAAGGUUGUUCAAAUAUUUCUUCCAAAAGACAAGCCUGAAACAAAAGAACCGCCACAAAUAGAUUUAAAUGAUUUUGUGGAGUCUGAUCUUCCUCCAGAGAUCAUGAAGUAUUAUGAAUCUGAAGUGAAAAUUUUGACUGAAGAAAUCAAUAAGAAGAAAAACAAAUGUGCAUUUGCAUAUUGUAGGCGUGGAGCUAUGUAUAGGAAACUGGGCAAGUUAAAGAGUGCCAUGCAUGAUCUACAGGAAGCUAUAUUCUUGGAGCCAUUGUUUCUUAACGCUUAUUGGCACCGACAUUUCAUUUAUCUUUUCCAAGACAAAAUUAAUGAAGCUUUGGAUGACUUGAAUUUUAUAAUUAAAUAUAAUAAAACUCAUGCAGAAGCAUAUUUGUCAAAGGCAGAAAUUUUCAGGAUGAGAAAUGACUUUACUUUGGCAAUUUUGAACUAUAGCCAGGCAAUUAAAUACAAGCCCACAGAUGCUGACAUAUAUUUUAGAAGGGGUGAGAUGUAUGAAACAACAAACGAGGUUCUAGCCAUGGAUGACUUUUCUAAAUGUAUUUUUUAUGAUCCUAGAAGGACAGAUGCACUUAUAAAACGUGGGAUGUUUUACUUUGAAAAUGAAAAUUGGGUUGCAGCCAUAAAUGACUUUACAAGCUUGUUAAAAGUAGACUGCCAAAGUUCCCAAGCAUGGUUGUACCGAGGUAUAGCAUAUUUUAAACAACAUUUUUAUAAGGAAGCAACUCAAGACUUUUCUGCUGCAAUUCACUUAGAUCCUAAUAGCUGGCUAGCACUGUAUUAUCGAGGCUGCUUAUUCAGAAAGCCUAAUCCUUUGAGAGCACUACAGGAUUUUAGCGUUUCAGUUCUCUUAAACGACGGCUAUGAGAAUUUUAGUUCUUUUCUACAUCGGGGCAUACUCUAUGCAGAACAAACAAAGUGGAUGCUGGCAAUUUGUGACUUUGAAACCGUUAUUUCUCUGGAAAGAACUGCUUUAAUGGCUUAUAUAAAUAUUGGCCUUAUAUACCUGCUGCACUUGGAUAACUAUGUUGAAGCCAUCAGUCAGUUUUCUGAGGCCAUUAGAAUUGACCCUUUAUAUAUUCAAAGCUAUCUCUGUCGAGCAGAAGCAUAUUAUAAGUUGCAGAAAUUGAAAGAGGCAGUAAGAGAUUUAUCUUAUGCUAUACAUCUGCAGCCAGAUGGAAUCCAAUUAUAUAUAAUAAGAGGACAGUAUCUUCUCACAAUGAAACAAUUUGAUCUUUCAAAACUCACAAUUUAUCAAGUGGCAGAAAUGAACAAAGGUCUGAUUAAGUUGAGUCCUAUACAGCAAGCACUCACUUACUCAUUUUGUGAAAACCAUGACAAAGCCAUUCAGGUCUUACAAGAUGUUCUUUUGAAUAAGCCGGAGAUAACCAUAUAUGCUCUAUUAGCAAAAACCCAAAUGAAGGCCAAGAAAAACAAGGAAGCUGUGAGAACAUUUAAAAAGGCACUGGAUAUCUUUGCUCGCUCUGAUAAAGGAUCAAACGCUAUACUGGCUUCAGCAGACUGUUUGUAUCACCUGGGACUUUGCUACAUGGAAGAAGGCAGUUUACAAAUGGCUUUAGAUUCUUUUACAAAAGCUAUCAAUGCAAAUCCUGAAUUUGCAGAAGGAUUUUACCAACGAGGGCUUUGUAGAGUAAAACUUGGCAAGGAUAACUCGAUCCUGGAUUUUAAUUGUACACUUACCCUGAAUCCGAAGCAUUAUCAGGCAUAUUUAAGCAGAGGUGCCUACUAUGGUUUGAAAGGCAGAUACUCCAAAGCAAUCUUAAAUUGUAAUGAGGCUAUAAAAAUUUAUCCUCAGAGUGUCCGUGCCUAUCUCUACAGAGGAGUUCUGAAAUACUACACUAAGAUGUAUAAACUAGCAAUUUCAGACUUAACUACGGCUAUCAACAUGGACAAGAACAAUUACAUAGCAUUUUAUAACAGAGCACUAUGUUUCACCAAAAUGAAUCAACUUGAAAAGGCAUUAGUCGAUUAUGGAAUUGUCCUUCUUAUUGGUACUGGUGAAAAGAUAGCAUUAAAUUCUUUCAUUAAUCGUGGCUGCAUCUACAAAGAACAAGAAGAGUAUGGCUUCGCAUUAGAGGACUUUAAACAAGCUGUACUGAUAAACCAGACUAAUGUGAACCUUUGCCAAGCAACUGCCAUGUGCCAUUAUAGAAUUAAAGAGUUUGAGGAUGCUGUUAAUUUCUUCACCUGGGCUAUUAAAAUUGAUCCAAAUUAUGUGGACGCCUAUGUUGGAAGGGGAAAUUCUUACAUGGAAUAUGGUCAUGAUGAGGCCAUCAAGCAAGCACAGAAGGACUUUCUGAAAGCCUUACAUCUUAAUCCAACUUACAGUAAAGCCAGAAUUAGUUUAAGCUAUAAUUUGCAGGCCCAAGGAAAAUUCCAGAAAGCUUGGAACCAUUUUACCAUUGCCCUGGAAAUUGAUCCAAAGAGUUACACAGCAUAUGAAGGAAGAGCUGUGGUCUGUCUUCAGAUGAGCAAUAAUUUUGCUGCAAUUAAUGAUAUUAAUGCUGCCAUUAAGAUCAAUACAACAGCAGAAUUCCUAACAAAUCGUGGUGUAAUUCAUGAGUUUAUGGGUCAGAAACAGAAUGCAAUGAGAGACUAUCAAUUAGCAAUUUCUCUAAACCCUAAGUACUCGCUGGCUUACUUCAAUGCAGGAAAUAUCUACUUUAACCACAGGCAGUUUUCCCAGGCUGGUGAUUACUUCUCAAAAGCUUUACAGUUUGAUCCAGGAGAUGAGAAUGCUUUCAUGAAUCGAGCUGUUACAAAUAUAAUAUUAAAGAAAUAUGAAGAAGCAAAAGAAGAUUUUACAAAUUUGGUUGAUAUUUGUCCUUUUUGGGCUGCAGCAUAUUUUAACAGAGCAAAUUUCUACUACUGUUUAAAGCAAUACGAAAUGGCUGAGGCUGAUCUUACUAAAGCUCUGUCUUUGAAGCCUGCUAAUGCUUUAGCAUAUACUUUUAGAGCAGAAGUUCGUGGUAAAAUAGGUUUGAUUGAAGAAGCUAUGGCAGACUAUAAGCAAGCCCUUGAUAUUCAAGAACAUAUAACCGCAGCAUCCACCACCGCCAUCACCGUCACUACAACUGUCACUUCCAUUACCAUGAUCACCAUUAACACUAUCACCAACAUCACUACCACUGCUACCAUCACCAUCAACAUCAGCACCACCACCACAAUCACUACCACCUCCAUGACCACCACCACAACAGCAGCAACACCACUGCUUCUUGAGGCUCCCUCUAUACCAGGGGUUCACUAA